AUGAAGAAACAGCAUGACAUGGAGAACCACAUGGUGGGGGACUACAUGGAGAACCACAUGGAGAACCACAUGGUGAACCACAUGGUGAACCACAUGGAGAACCACAUGGAGAACCACAUGGAGAACCACAUGGUGAACCACAUGGUGAACCACAUGAAGAACCACAUGGUGGGGGACUACAUGGACAACCACAUGGUGAACCACAUGGUGAACCACAUGGUGAACCACAUGGAGAACCACAUGGUGGGGGACUACAUGGAGAACCACAUGGUGAACCACAUGGAGAACCACAUGGUGGGGGACUACAUGGACAACCACAUGGUGAACCACAUGGUGAACCACAUGGUGAACCACAUGGAGAACCACAUGGUGAACCACAUGGAGAACCACAUGGAGAACCACAUGGUGAACCACAUGAAGAACCACAUGGAGAACCACAUGGUGAACCACAUGGUGAACCACAUGGAGAACCACAUGCGGGAGCAGGUGGAGUGGAGCGACCUGAACAGACUCCUGCAGCGGCGGGGCUUCAUGCCUGUCAGCUUCACCGACCCUGCAGAGAAUAAAAACCUUCCCGAUUUGGUCCUCUUGGACAAGAAGUCUUGCAGUGACCUGCGGUCGGCGUUGAGGACGAUGCUGAGUGACUGUGAGAGGAGGCAGACCCAGAUCCAGGAGCUGGUCCAGUCCAACAAGCAGCUGAAGAAGGAGGCCCAGAAGCACAUGGAUCGAGCUGCUCAGCAGACUCUGAGGGUCUCAGACCUACAGGUCCUGUUGGGCCAGCUGAAGACCCAGGUCCAGGACCUGGAGAACCGCUACCUGAGUAGGACCAUGGAGAACCAUGUCCACACCCAACAGUUACAGCAGGAGAGGGAGGAGGCGCAGAGACGGUGUGAAGUUCUUGAACAGAUGCUGUGUGAACAGAAGCAGGAAGCAUCGGAGCUCCACAGGAAGCUCCACUUCACCGUCAGAGAAGAAGAGACCAGAAGGGCCAGACAGGCUCGGACCUUCCAGAAGGUCUGCCGGAGGGCGGUCCAGCAGAGUCCUGCAGACCAGCAGAUUCUGGACGUGAUGGCCUUCUAUGAAAUGAAGCUGGCUGAGGUUCUGGAUGAAGUCAGCAUCGUCCUGAAGCUGAAGCAGCACCAGGAGUUCUUCCCCCGGUUCCACACUCUGACCAAGGAGAUCCUCAACACACUUGACCUGAUAACACACUGA